AUGGCGGAUACCUCAGCUGAGGGAUUCCUAUUAUUAGUAGAUUAUAAGUUUCCAGAUUUCUUCUACAACAGUUCUUAUUUCAAGCAACUCAACAUCUAUUCUCAUACGAUUGUUCCUUUCAAGUGCACUGUCUCUUGGACUUCUUUGCACAAGUUAUCCUUGAGUUGUUGUAGUCUCUCAGAUGAAUCCAUGGCCAGGAUUCUAUCCGGUUGUCCCGUUCUCGAAAACUUAACGUUGUAUCACUGCGGUAAACUAAAGGUUCUUGAUCUCAGCAAAUCCUUACGUCUGAAAACACUAGCUGUAGACCGUAACGUGAUGGUUCCGGAGGGGCCAACGAAGAUUGUGGCACCACACAUCCAUUAUCUCAGAUUGUUAGACUCUCGGCCAUCAUGUACUUUGGUUGAUGUCGCUUCUUUAACCGAAGCUAAACUGGACGUUUGCUAUGCCCUAAGUACCUCUUUCUUCAAGUCCAAGGCUGAUUUUCUCGAAGACAUGGUGCUAAAAAUGCUAGAAAAGUUACAAAACGCUGAGAAGCUUACAUUUGGUGGAAACUUUGCUAAGAUUUUAUCUCUUGUUGAGAUUCGUGGUGUUUCUUUCCCGAUGCUCAAGGUCAAAUCACUGAUUCUUGAUACAUUGAUCUAUCAGUAUGUUAUUCCUGGUAUACAAAGGCUGUUACAAAACUCACCUGAUUUAGAGAAGCUAAUAAUACGUGGAAGGACUUGCAGCACCAUACCGGUAUAUUACCAUACAACCUCUUUUGCUUGCUAUCAUUUAGUCAAAUAUAUUCAAGAAGUGUUUUGAACUUUUGGUAUCUUAUGUAUGUUUUUACAGGAGGAGCAUCUUGACCAAUAUUUGAAAUCACUAUCCUUGAAUCCGGAUCAAUGCUGGAGAUCAAAAGAUGGUUUCUCUUUGAAUAAUUCUUGUUGGAAUUUACAAUCAAAGAAAUUAGAUAAGAGGGUCGUACUGUCGGGUGAACGUUACCUUAAGUUUAAUUUUAAAGAGCACUCUCUCCCAAAAGCAGUGUCACCAUUGUGUUCUCCACCAACAAGGCGAUGACAUCAGAUUAGUGGUGAAACAUGACAAGGGUUGAAGUUUUGUGUGCCACUGAACAUUUGUUUUUUUAUAAUAUUAUUAACUGGUGUAUUUUAUUUAAUAGAGAAAUUGGUAAGAAUGCACCCAAAAGACUAUAUAAUUUGUCAUAUACCUUUGUUUCUUUUUAAUAUUUUUAUGACUAUAAUACUCUUAUCUCUAUCUCUCUCCCUUUUCUCUUUUAUGUAUUCUAAUCUCUUUAUCUCUCGUAUAGAUUUUUCAAAUCAUCUUCUAAUUCAACACAAAUCUUUAUUUUUUUAUUCUGAUUCUUUUGACACCCAUAAUGCUAAUCUUAUUAUCUCACCUCAAUUCCAAUGUUUCUAAUUUCGACUCACAAUCAACUUUUAGAUAAUAUAUACGUUAGUAGGUAUUUUAUUACUUAUUUGCUAUUAUUUAGAUUUUAAUGGAUUCUUAAUCGAUACAUGAAGUGUUAGCUGUUACAAAUAGAUUUGAAGCUAUUUGAUAGAUAACUAAUUAAUUGUUAAUAGUUUCAUUAACUGAUAUAUGAUUUGUUAGUCGAUACAUUUGUUUGAUACAUAGAUUGUUAGAUGAUAAUGAAAUUAUUAGCUGAUAUGUUAGUUGGUAUGUAGUUUGUUACUUGAUAUGUAAAUAUUUAGCUAAUAAAUCUAAAAUUACUUGUUUUCUAUAAAGCAUGAGGGUAUUUUCAUCUGCACUAUGUCAAAAAAUUAUUUAUUUUUGGGUUAUCCAUAAUUAUAGGCAUUCAUCUAAUUUGGACCUUAAUUGGAUAUAUUCCACACAUUCUCCCUAUUUAAUACUCUCUCUGUUUCAAAAUACAUGAAGUUUUAAGAUUAUGCACAACUAUUAAGAAACUUGUUUUUUAUCUUAAAAAUAUCAUUAAAAUAUAAAUUAAAAGUUAUUCAACCAAUCACAAAACAGACUACAAAAUAUCAUUGGCUACACAGUUUUUGAUAAAAUGAAAAAGUGCAUUGAUAUAUGAAAACAUCAUCUAUUUUGAAACAUCAAAAACUCCCUAAAACAUCAUUUAUUUUGAAACGGAGGGAGUAAUACAUUUUACAUGGAGCCCUGUUGAAUACACACAAGAGAAGCUUUUAAUUUGUUCACACAAAUUUCAGGCAAUAUACAAGUUGCGUUCUUUAGACUAGAGUAUAUCAAAACCUGAUGUGAAUAUUGCUAGGUUUUAGUUAGCUUGUGAAUCGUGAUAAAUAUUCUUUAUCAAGUAUUCUAAUAAAACUACAUUACAAUACUAAUAUAAAAUCUGUGAGAUAAUAUGAGGUUCUCUAAGAUUGAGAAUUACUAUAUUAACGGUUUUAGAGAACACUAUAAAAAGCUGUGCCCUAAGAAUAAUAUCCCAAAAUAAAGAUGGCCGACGUCAGGAGGAUCAAAGGAGCUGUUGACUUGAUCAGCAAUUUCCCAGAUGAGAUCCUCCAACACAUACUCUGCUUUAUUCCGAUCAAAGUAGCCAUCAAAACUUCCCUCUUGUCUAAACGAUGGAGGCAUGUAUGGUGCGAUAUACCUUCUCUCACCUUAGAUGUGGAUUCACUGACUGCCGCUUCCGUUACCGAAACCCUAACUCACUAUACAGCUCCCAAGACGAAGAUUUUUUUCCUCAAAGCCACCAAGAGGGAGGACAUUCCCCACAUCGAUCAGUGGAUCAAAUGCGCCAUGUCACACAACGUUGAGAAUCUGUCCCUCGAUUUCCCUCGUCCUUAUUAUGAAGAGUAUAAGCCGUUCCUGGAUUUAGGUAGUUCUUUUUGUGAAGGUUAUAAGCUUCCAGGUUUCUUCUACAACAGUUCUUCUUUCAAGCAACUCAAUAUUAAGUUAAGCUUGUUCGGUACGAUGGUUUCCGAGUGCUCGGUAUCUUGGACAUCCUUGCAGAAGUUAUCCUUGAGUCGUUUUAGACUCUCUGAUGAAUUCAUGGCCAAGAUUCUGUCCGGUUGUCCUGUUCUCGAAAAUUUAACGUUGUAUCACAUCCGUGAACUAAAGGUUCUCGAUCUCAGAAAAUCCCUACUUCUGAGAACAUUAGAAGUAAAACGUAACGGGUGGGUUCAGGGGCUAACGCAGAUUGUGGCACCACAUGUCCAUUGUCUCAAAUUGUUAAACUCUCAGUUGCCAUGUACUUUGGUUGAUGUCUCUUCUUUAACCAAAGCUAAACUGGACAUUUGUCAUGUCUCAAUGAACCCUCACUUAACGGCUGAUUUUCUUCAAGUCAUGGCGCUAAAGAUGUUAGAAAAGUUCCAGAACGCAGAGAAGCUUUCCUUUGGGGGAAACUUUAUUCUGGUAUUAAAGUUUUUGGCUCAUAUUAUUACAUUCUCUAAUGCCUCAAAAGCGCAAUUGGGUUCACGGUCACUGUUUUUUAGAUAUGGAUUAAUGUUCAUUAAUUAGAAGUUGGUUUUCUAUAGGUUUGAUUAAGAACGUUUGAAAAAGUCUAUCUCAUAAGCUCGUUACUAAUCAGUAUUUACUAUCUUUUUUUUUGGGUUCUUUCUAUUAGAUUUUAUCUCUUGCUGAGAUUCGUGGUGUUCCUUUCCCGAUGCUCAAGGUCAAAUCAUUGAUUCUUGAUACAGUGAUCUGUCAGUAUGUUAUUCCUGGUAUAGAAAGGUUGUUACCACUACAAGAAAUAUCGGUAUUAAUAGCACCCGGAAAACGCUAUCAUAUCGUUUUCAUAGCGUUUCGAAGAACGCCGUGAUAGCCGCAGCUAUAAUAGACCCCCCCCCCCCCCUAGCGUAGCGUUUUUAGCGUGCUGUAACAAUAUACAGAUAUUAUAGCGUUGGUCCUGUGUUAUAUUAUACCUAUUUAUAGCGAUCUCUUUUCGCUAUUUAAACAUUUUAUGUGGCACUUUUCGUGUGCCAUAAAAUAUUUUGUUAUGACAUUUGUUUUUUGUCAUCGAAUACCUUUUUGUAACUCAGUUUUUUUUGGAUUUUUGAACAUUUAAUAGCAAUUUUUUUGUGCCAUUGAAUAUUAUAAUACAGCGUUUUACUUGUGCUAUGACGUUUAUAUUCAUAGGUAAUACUGAAUAGCUAAUAUUUUCUAUAUUGCCACAUUUUUCGGUUUGAUUUACUAAUUUUGUUUUUUUUUACGGGAUAUAGAAUUGGAAAAUAUUGUAAAAAAAAGAAAAUUAAAAAAUAGAAUUUUUAGUAAUUGUAACCAGACUAGCAAUUUGCAAAAAAGCACUAUAAUGUGCUGACAAUUGAUUCAUCAUAUAGCAAAAAAACACAUACAUAAACAACAGACAUAAACAACAUACAUAAACAACAAUUAGUAAUGACGCCCAGACUUGGUUCGCGAGGACUGUCCUUGUGCUUGUGGUGGGCGUCUGAAAAGAGAUGAGUUUCUGAACAUUGGGUCGAUGUCUUCUUCAGGUUCCUCAAUGCGUGUCAAGUAGCCAAGAGAGGUUCUGAACUCUGUUCUGGUUAUCUCCUCCACAUCAUUUCCUCCCGAGGACUGUCCUCGUUCUUGUUCUCUGUUGAGUGCUUCUUGUUGUGGUUUUUGUUUUUGGAGUAGUUGUGGUCUCACUCCAGAUGCCGGCAGUGCACAUACGAUGCUCUUCCUUGCUUCCAUUAGAGUUUCUAGACUGUAAAAUUAACACAAGUUAGAACUUUAACAGAUAUUUGAAUAUGAAUAUCUAAACUGAAAAUGAAAACUUAUUCGAAGAAGAAAUAGUAAAUCGAAGAUGAUAUUUGAAGAAGUUCCCAACCCAGAUCUGUGAGGGUUCGAAUCUAUAAGGAUCUGUAAGAGUUGUUACCAUUUUAAUUAGAGAAAUAUAUAAUAAUCAUACAGAUGAAAUAAAUCUAGGGUUUAGACUUUAGAGGGCGCAGACCUUUUGAUAGAGAUGAGUUCGAUGGAAACCCAGAGAGAGAAAUCGUGGUCGCUUAAGAGAGAAUCAUGGUUGUUUGAGAUGGAAUCGUGAUGGGUAGACAGUGAUUAGUGGUGGGUCGAGGUGGGCUCGUGGUGUCACAAAGAGAUUUGUGGUGGUUUGAGAUAACUCUCUAACCUAGUUUGCGGAGGGCGUACGUUCUGAGAGAGAAGGAAGGAGAUAAAAGAAAAAACAAUUCUGAAGCGUUAGAUUAACAUUUACGAACGGACAAGAUUAUGAUCCUUGCCUUAAAAUAAUCAACCAAUAGGAAGAGAGAACGAGGAUAGCUGAUGGAUGGUGGAUUAUGGGCCUUUGAUCUGAGAUAUCAAUCGAUGGCUAUUAAAAAAAGAAGAGAAAUUAUGUUUCUGGUUAUUUAUAAAUAUUUUUAAAAUUAUCUAAAAUUUGUAAAAAAUAUAAUCAUGAUUCUAAAAUAUAAAUCUAACUUUAGA